AUGCAACGCUCCGUGCGCCGGGCGGCAGCGCGCGUGCUGGUCGCCUCGGUCCUGUGGCGCCUGGUAUGCGUGGCCACACUGAUUAUCACGACCCACACACAGACGGCCUUCGAUACAUCUGGAGCGCUUCUGCGAUGGACCAUCCCUGGCGCUGAUAGGGAGGUCGCCUGGGAUACGUGGGCCGUGCCGUUCGUGCGCUGGGAUACGGUGUACUUCGUCGGCAUGGCGCACCCACUUGGUGGGUACCAGUACGAACAGAUGCUUGCAUUUCAACCGGGUAUAGUGGGCAUACUCCGUCUGCUGGGCACUUCUCAUGCGUCGCCUUGGAGUCCCACGCGCGCCGUCGUCCGCACGACCUUGCUUGCCAACAUCCUCUCGUGCGUGAGCCCUGUGCUGCUCUAUCUUGUCACGCGUGCCCAGUUCCGAUCAGAGAAGUUCGCUGUACGUGCGGCACUCCUUUCCGUGUUCGCCCCCGCAUCGGGGACGGCGCUUUCGUCGCCCACGCCCGAGCCCUUCUUCUCGUUCCUCGCGCUACUAGGCCUCACGUGCCUCUCAUGGGAUGCCGCGCCGCGCCUCGCCCGGCUCUGGGCGGCUGCGUGCUUUGCAGGCGCCACCUUGUUUCGGGCGAAUGGCGUCCUCCUGAGCGGCUUUCUCAUUUGGCACGCACUAUGGCGCCCCAGCCUCCGCCGCGUUCCACGCAGUGUGGCGGCGUGGAUGGCCGAUGCUCUCACGGCCGGUGGCAGUGUCUUGCUCGCAGGACUGCCUCUCGCGCUGCAGCAGGCAUGGGCCUAUGCACACUUGUGCCCCGGGCGUCCCUGGUGCCGCGAUACGGUGCCACUGCCCUACUCGUAUAUUCAGGCGGCGUACUGGGAUGUGGGCUUUGGGCGCUACUGGACGUUGGCACAGCUGGCGCCGCGUGUGGACGGAUACGUGGUGGCCGUGGCAGAGCGCAGGGCAGGCCUGUGA